ACAUCAGAAUUUCCGUAUCUUUACCUUUAUCAUUAGUUAAAAUGUUUGUAUCAACAUCAGCACCACCUUAAGUUUAUCAGAAAUUCAACACUUAUAUAAUGCGACUGAUCAAUUAUUAGUACGCAGUAUCCUGCUUUGGGAUUAAAAAAUGCAAAGUCCACAAGAUGACCACCACCACCACCACCGCCAUCGCCAAUCCGACACGGAGGUAAUCGGCGGCGACAGAACGUCGUUUAGCGGUCCCUUAAGUGGGCCAUUGAACAAGAGGGCUGGUGGUGGCAGAAAAAGUCCCCAGUUCAGCCACCCCGACACCCCCACCAGCGCAGCCACCGCGGAUGACUACGUGGAGAUCACCCUCGACGUUCGGGAAGACUCGGUGGCGGUGCACAGCGUUAAGGCCGCGGGAGGAGGCGAAGUGGAGGACCCUGGGCUGACCAAGCUCCUGGAAAAGAAGUCUUCAUUCGCGAGAAAUGCCCCAGCAAGAAUUAUUAGGCAGGUGUCCCUAGAGCUUAAGAGGUUGGCGUCAUUCACGCGCCACCCUCAUCCGGGGCGUAGACUUGACCGGACCAAAUCAGGCGCCGCGUAUGCACUGAAGGGACUCAAGUUUAUCAGCCAGACCGACGGCGGCGCCGCCUGCUGGGCCGGCGUGGAGAACCGGUUCGAUGAGCUGACAGCCACCACCAAUGGAUUGCUACCUCGUUCACUCUUUUGUGAAUGCAUUGGUAUGAAUAAGGAGUCAAAGGAGUUUGCCGGCGAGCUUUUCGAUGCGCUUGCUCGCCGGAGAGGUAUCGCCGGAGAUUCGAUCACUAAAGCACAGCUAAAAGAGUUCUGGGAUCAGAUUGCUGAUCAGAGUUUCGAUUCUCGACUUCAGACAUUCUUCGACAUGGUUGAUAAGGAUGCGGAUGGCAGGCUAACUGAGGAUGAAGUCAGGGAGAUUAUUAGCUUGAGUGCUUCUGCAAAUAAGCUGUCAAAUAUCCAGAAGCAGGCUGAUGAAUAUGCAAGACUGAUAAUGGAAGAACUAGACCCCGACAAGCUUGGUUACAUAAUGAUAGAGAACUUGGAGGUGCUUCUGCUGCAAGGUCCGAGCCAGACGAGAGGCGAAAGCCGGAACCUGAGCAAAAUGCUGAGCGAGAAGCUUAAGCCGACGCAAGACCAUCCUCUCAAGAGGUGGUACAGAGAUUUUCACUACUCUUUGCUGGAUAAUUGGCAGAGGGUUUGGGUGAUGGGUGUGUGGAUUGGAGCUAUGGUUGGGCUCUUUGCUUACAAGUAUGUGGAGUACAGAAAUCGGGCCGUUUUUGGUGUGAUGGGGCACUGUGUAUGCAUGGCGAAGGGCGCUGCCGAGACGCUGAAGCUGAACAUGGCGCUGAUUUUGCUGCCGGUGUGCCGGAACACCAUCACCUGGCUGAGGAACAUGACCAGGCUUGGAGUGGCUGUUCCCUUUGAUGAUAAUCUUAACUUCCAUAAAGUGAUUGCCAUUGCAAUAGCCAUUGGGGUUGGAAUACACGGGAUUAGCCAUCUAGCUUGCGACUUCCCCCGCCUCCUCAAAGCUAGGCCGGAGAAAUAUAGGCCGAUGGAGGCCUACUUCGGCCACCAGCCAACAAGCUAUUGGCAUUUUGUGAAGGGAUGCGAAGGUUGGACAGGAAUCGCGAUGGUGGUUCUAAUGGCUAUAGCCUUCACACUCGCGUCGCCCUGGUUUAGGAGAAACAAAGUGAAUCUACCAAAACCACUGAAAAAACUCGCGGGGUUCAACGCCUUUUGGUACUCACAUCAGUACUUAUUCCUCGUCGUAUAUGCCCUCCUCCUUGUUCAUAGCAUCAAACUCUAUUUGACCCAUAAAUGGUACAAGAAAACGACAUGGAUGUAUCUCGCAAUUCCUAUCUUGCUCUAUGCUGGCGAAAGACUGAUCAGGGCGUUCAGGUCCAGCAUCAAGCCCGUCAAGAUUCUUAAGGUGGCAGUGUACCCUGGAAAUGUGCUAGCACUGCACAUGUCAAAGCCUCAAGGAUUCAAAUACAAAAGUGGUCAAUACAUUUUUGUCAACUGCGCAGCUGUUUCUCCAUUCGAAUGGCACCCUUUUUCAAUAACUUCAGCACCUAUGGAUGAUUAUGUGAGUGUUCACAUUCGGACACUUGGUGAUUGGACUAGACAACUUAAACUUGUUUUCUCACAGGUUUGUCAGCCGCCGCCUACCGGAAAAAGUGGUCUCCUCAGAGCUGACUGUUUGCAAGAAGAGAAUAAUCCCAACUUCCCUAGGGUUUUGAUUGACGGUCCGUAUGGAGCACCAACACAAGACUACAAGGACUACGAUGUGGUCCUACUAGUAGGGCUAGGCAUUGGUGCAACGCCGAUGAUCAGUGUCGUCAAGGACAUCGUCAACAACAUUAAGGCAAUGGAGGAGGAUGAAAAUGCAGUGGAGGGAGUUGGAGGUGGCAACGGCCCUCCUUCAACCCAUUUAACGCCUAAACGAAAAACUGGAUCAGGGAGUGGUCGGCAGGACUUUAGGACGAGGAGGGCGUACUUCUAUUGGGUGACAAGGGAACAAGGUUCAUUUGAAUGGUUUAAGGGAGUUAUGAACGAGGUUGCUGAAAUGGAUCACAAAAGAGUCAUUGAAAUGCACAACUAUUGCACUAGCGUCUAUGAAGAAGGAGAUGCCCGUUCUGCUUUGAUUGCUAUGCUUCAAUCAAUCAACCAUGCCAAGAAUGGAGUCGACAUCGUCUCUGGGACGAGGGUUAUGUCCCACUUUGCGAAGCCUAACUGGAAAUCGGUCUACAAAGGAAUUGCCCUUAAUCAUCCUAAUGCAAGAGUUGGAGUGUUUUACUGUGGGGCACCACCACCAGUGAAGGAGCUAAAACAGCUAGCUUAUGAUUUUUCACACAAGACCUCCACCAAAUUUGAGUUCCACAAAGAGAACUUUUGAUCUCAUCAAGAAUCUUGAUGACAAGAUUUUCUUGAUGAAUGUGAUGGGAUUAAAGGUGUGAGCUCCACAGACCCUAGAUUUCUAAUAUGCUCCCCUUCCGUACAGUUAUUGUUGUCACAUUAAGUUGAUCACAUUUGGAUGGACCACCAACAUUAGUUACCAACCCACCAUCAAUAGUGGAGAUUAAGUCAGAUAA